AUUACAUUUGGAGUACGGAGGAGCUGAGUUGGAGGAUCAUGGCGGAGCGCAGGAGGCACAAGAGACGGGUCCAGGAGGUGAGCGAGCCCACCAAGGAGGAGAAGGCGGUGGCGAAGUACCUCCGGUUCAACUGCCCCACCAAGUCCACGAACAUGAUUGGCCAUCGAGUCGACUACUUCGUCGCCUCGAAGGCUGUGGACUGUCUGCUGGACUCCAAGUGGGCCAAAGCUAAGAAGGGAGAGGAGGCGCUGUUCACCACCAGGGAGUCGGUGGUGGAGUACUGCAACAGACUCCUCAAGCAACAGUUCUUCCACCGAGCUCUGAAGGUGAUGAAGAAAAAACCAGAGAAAGACACCAAGAAGGAGAAGGAGAAGGAAAAAGAGAAGGAGAAGGAGAAGGCUAAGGGCGACAGCAGCAAAGAGGAGGAGAAGAAAGGGAAGAAGGAGAAAGAGAAGAAGAAGGAGUCUGAUGCUGCUGAAGCCAAGAAAGAGAAAAGUGAUGACAGUCCUGGGUCCCCCAAGAAGAAGAAGGAGGUGAAGAAGAAGUUUAAACUGGAGCCUCAUGAGGAUCAGCUGUUCCUGGAUGGAAACGAGGUGUACGUGUGGAUUUACGAUCCUGUUCACUUCAAGACGUUUGCUAUGGGUCUGAUCCUCGUCAUUGCGGUGAUAGCGGCCACGCUGUUCCCGCUGUGGCCGGCUGAAAUGCGUGUCGGUGUGUACUACCUAAGCGUUGCGGCCGGCUGCUUUGUGGCCAGCAUCCUGCUUCUGGCCGUCGCCCGCUGCAUCCUGUUCCUCAUCAUCUGGCUGGUGACCGGCGGGCGCCAUCACUUCUGGUUCCUGCCCAACUUGACGGCGGACGUCGGCUUCAUCGACUCGUUCCGGCCGCUCUACACCCACGAGUACAAGGGGCCGCGAGCCAACGACAAGAAGGGCUCGGACAAGGCCGACGAAAAGGACGACGGCGCCGCCUCCGCCAAGGCUCAGAAGUCGGACAGCGACGAGAAGUCGGACAGCGAGAAAAAGGACGGCGACGACGAGGAGGAGGAGGAAGAGGAGGAGGGCAAAGAGGCGGGGCCGGGGGAGAGCAAAGAGGCAGAAGGGGACGGAUCGGACGACCGCCAAUCGGACACGGACAGCGACCGCCGGGAGGACGAGGGCUCGCAGCACAGCAACGGAAACGACUUUGAGAUGAUCACCAGGGAGGAGCUGGAGCAGCACACGGAGGAGGAAGAGGAGGAGGAGGAGGAGGAGGAGGAGACACAAGAGAGGGAAGAAAGGGGUGGGAGUGAGACUAAAGCUCAGACUGCUGAAACAUAAACUUCUUCCAGCCCCAUCACUCGACUUCUCUCUGUCCUACCCUCCCUCCCUGCUGUGAUCCCAGGACCUGCUAGUCCGGUCUGUCCGAGGCUCCACCAGAGAGGCUCCAUCUCUUGUUGUUGAGAUCUUCCACUAAACAGUACCGGGAUAGACGUGACACUGAAACGUUAACAGCUACGACAAUGGAGAAAAGAAAAAAAAGUUUAAAACUAGGCCUUAUGGUGGAUUUGAUUCCUCCCACCCAAAUGUUAUUUAUGUCAGAGAUGAAACCGUUCGCCUGAGGAACCCAUCAGACCAGCAACAACAACAACUCUGACGGAGGAUCUCGUUUUGGUUCAUUGUGUCAUAAAGUUGUUUUCUUUCUUUCUUUCUUUUUUUUUUGUUCGACUCAAUAUGUUUAUUUAUGUCCCCUGUCAUUAGUUUUAUUUGGAUGUUCUGUGUGUGAGAUCAAGAAGAUGGAGGAGAGCAAAGACGUCCACCUGACCACUAAAAGAUGAUUCAGAAGAACUAUUUUUAAGUUUUUCUUUCAGCUCCAUGGUGCUGGCAUAAUCAUUGUAGUUCUGGACAGUAAAAGCCCGAUCUUCUUCUUUCACUUUUUUUUUGUGGAGCUCGCUUCACAUCCCGCUGAAACGCCAGCUGGUCUGAUAGUUUUCUCAGGCAGCGCUUAAAGCGAAAACGUGUCGCCUCUGAACCCUGAACGUAGCAAGAUGGACCAAACCCUGUAGUUUACUCCAAGGAAACUAAAAAAAAAAAGAAAUCGACCACGUUACGGCGGCUGCGUCGAGUGUUUUGGACAGCGGAGCAGUACGGCUCUUUGAGGUACUCGCCAUCUUCAGUUUCUUUUUAUAACGGCUACAAUCAUAGUGCAAUCCUCUACACACGGUGUGAAGUACUUCUAGUUCAUGUUAAUUAAUGUGGGACUCAUCUUUACGAGUAAAUGUGAGCAACUGGGACACAGCUGGCGUACGUAAUUUCUUUUUUCUUUUUUUUUUUACACACAUAUAAACACUGUCAGUCAAAAGUUUGAAGACACCUUCUCAUUCAGUUCAGUGAGAAAGUGUCCAAACUGUUGACUGGUUGUGUAUAUAUUAAAAAAAAAAAAAAAAAAAAAGAUGGCUGUACAACUAAAGCUACAAGACCUGAAAAAAAGAACGAGAUAUAAAGUAAAAAACGAACUCUAGUGCCAAACACAGCUAUCGUUAUGCAUGUGGAUUCAUUUUGGAGAGCGUGAAGGGGAAAAGAAGUUUUUAUUUAUUGUUUUUUUUUUUUCUUUUAAAUUCGUUCAUUUUGUUACCGCAGUGUCAAAACUCCUCAAACCUUCCACAAACAAAAAGACAAGGAAAAAAAAAAAAAAAAAAAAAAAGCACAGCACAACAUUGUUAGUGUGCAGAUUAACAAAAAGAUUUCUGGUCUCAAUGAAACCGAUUUAAAUAAAUGAAUAAAUAAAUAAAUAAAGUAAAAUGUUCGCACCAGACUCCAGUCAGUCCCAUCUAGUGUCGCACAAACCGGACGUACUUUCUGAAUCCAGCCGACGUCCGGCAACCGAGGUCCAAGCUGUUCCUUCCGGCUAGAAACGUCGUAGAUGCUCUUUUUAGUAUUAGCAAGAAUUAUAUUUAAGUAUAGAAAUGUAUCAUUUAUAUAUGGAUUCUAUUGAUAUAUCAAAUAUAUGCAUACAGUACUCGCAGUUUAAGGAACUACAAAAGAAGCUUUUCUUUUCUGUUAGAUAUUAUUUUAUUCCCCAGAGUCUCUAUUUCUCUUUUUCUAUGUUCAUCUCCUGGUUAUUUAAAGGAAACUUCUGGGAUUAGGAAACAGUUAGGACCCUCUUAGAUAUCAGCUUUUUUUUUUUUUUUAAUUAUUAUUAUUUUUUUUCCAAAUGUAAAGGUCUGGUUGUGUCACAUCCGUGUUCCUCUCACUAACAGCGGUCAGUCAUUAACCUGAAGUUAGGAAACCAGCGGCUUGUGUAACACUGACGUCGACCCCCCCGACACACACACACGAUGAUAAAAUAAUUUUUUAAUAUAUUCCACGCAGCUUUCUGUACAGCUUUUUUUUUGUUUGUUUGUUUGUUUUGUUUCGCCCCCUAAAACCAAACUUCUCUUGUCUGUUUUAAGCCGUUUGUCUGCUGUAACCUCACCAAGGCUUGUAGCUCUCGUUGAGUUUCUUGCGCCACAGCGUUGUUUUUUUUCAGUGUCUUGUUUUUAUUUUUUUUUUCUUCUUCCUCAAACAGACAAAGUACUCCUCUGUUUUCUGAGCUGCCAGUGGCAACGUCUGCAUAAGCAUUAUUCACAAAAGAGAGAGGGGGGAAAAAAAAAAACACACACACAAAAACAGAUUCUCCCAGUUGUUCUUGACUGUUGCACAGUAUCGGUCUGUUGUAUAUUGUAGUAUUAUUACUCUCUAUGCUGCUGCUGCUUCUCAUCUCAUGUUUCUUGGGGGAAAUAAAAAUGAAACUGUUAAAACGUCGAUGUUUUAUCUCUGGUCAAAAAACUGUGUCUUUUGAUCACCUAGUUGUCCACAUUUGGAUCGAUAUCAUUCUCGAGACUGUCUCCUGUAAUAUUGGAGUAUAAUUUAAUAAAAUAAAAAAAAAAAUUAAUUGGAUGUCUGGAAAUAUAUCUGUAUCUUAUCAUUGCAAUAAAAAUAUAGAAAGCA